UGCUCGUCUUUCAAGGGUACUGGAUUUGUUGCUGUCCAUAACUGUGUGCAUGUUCCACGUACAAAUGAUGAGUGAAAUCAUCUUCAAAAAACUUUUUGUACAAUUUCUGGUUUUGAUCACAGGGUGGGAUCUCCUGCCUGCUAUUAAGCAGAUCAGAGAUCUUCAGAAGUUGUAGCUGUACCCUGAGAAGCAUUUGCCAAGCUGAAUCUCUACAGGGAUUGUUUUCCUAGGAUAAGGACUAAGCACACUGAGUUGGAAGAAAUGUUGACCUAGGGCUCUUGGAUUCAGUCAUAGACUAUCUCCAUCACAGGCUGAGGAGGGCUGGUAAUCAUGAUUUGAUUUUUUGCCUCCUGGUUCCCUUUUGGGGUACCCUCCUGCUUCUGCAAGGCCGGCUUUCUUGCUCUGCCAAGAAAGCCAAUUGUGGUUGUAAGAUUUCUCAACCUGAGCCACCUCCUUAAGUGAAAGGGGGCAGUCCAUCAUAGUGAGUCAAGAGUUUUUAUAAAGAAGGGAAAAUAAGAAAAAAAAAAAAAAAAAGGAGAACUGGACAGAGCAGAAAAAUAAGAUGACUUCAGAGGAGAUUAUGCAUGUUUGGACAAUCUCAGAAAAGUCCUGGUGAUUGGAUUAAGAUUUACCUAAUGAUAGCACAAAGAAGUAGAUAUAUAGAAAAUGUACAUUCUGCAAAUACUGAGGGGAAAAUGUGGUAACUUGCAACUCUAAAUAAGAAAAUAGGAAGCUGCACUUACCAUCAUAAUCUGAGUCCAAAGACUGCUUAGAAGAAAAAGAAAGCAAAUAAGGAAUAUAUUUCCACAUCUCAAAUGGGAAUACAACGGAAAGUUUAAAAAACGAGGAGGUUGAAAAAAGAAAAAAGUGAAUCUGCGGCGGUGAUUAGCAGAAGCCGUUUCGCUCUGCCUGUCAGCUGAUCCGUUCUGAGAGAUGAGCUGAAGGAACUUACCCAUUCUCGGCUCAGGUAGUGUAGAAAGCAGAACGAUCUAGAUGACAGCUCCUCUGGAACCAGAUAAGAUGAAAGCAAAUCAAGACAAAUUCUGUGGCCGAGAAAGAGAAUUUGUGUAUAAAUUCAAUGUAGGAAACCAGUGCUUUGAGCUUACAGUGCCUCUGAAAUUUCCUGUUAAAGAGAAUCCAAAUAAUUUGCAUGGACGUCUGAUGCUUCUCCACAAUUUACCAUGUUUCAUAGAAAGUGACUUAAAGAAAUCUCUGAGCCAGUUUAUAGAAGAAGAAUCUCUAAGAGAUUAUGAUAGAGAAGCUGAGGCUGCACUAGAAGCUUUAAAAUCUGGUGAAGUUGAUCUACAUCAGCUGACAAGUGCUUGGGCAAAAACGUAUGCUGAGACCACAUUAGAGCAUGCAAGACCUGAAGAGCCAAGCUGGGAUGAAGAUUUUGCAGAUGUCUACCAUGACCUGAUCCAUUCUCCUGCCUCUGAAACACUAUUAAAUUUGGAGCACAAUUACUUUGUUAGUAUUUCAGAACUUAUUGGGGAAAGAGAUGUGGAGCUGAAAAAGUUACGAGAAAGGCAAGGUGCAGAAAUGGAUAAAGUAAUGCAAGAACUGGGUAAGUCCCUAACAGAUCAGGACGUAAAUUCAUUGGCAGCUCAGCAUUUUGAAUCCCAACAGGUCUUAGAGAAUAAAUGGACCAGUGAGCUAAAACAGUCAACUGCUAUCCAAAAACAGGAAUAUCAGGAAUGGGUAAUAAAGCUUCACCAAGACCUAAAAAAUCCAAACAACAAAUCCAUCAGUGAAGAAAUUAAAGUCCAGCCCAGUCAAUUCAGAGAAUCUGUAGAAGCAAAUGGAAGAAUUUAUGAAGAUCAAAGGAAGUUAGAAGAAAGUUUUACCAUUCACUUAGGAGCCCAACUGAAGACCAUGCAUAAUUUGAGAUUGCUGAGAGCAGACAUGUUAGACUUCUGUAAACACAAACGAAAUCAUCGGAGUGGUGUAAAACUCCAUCGGCUGCAGACAGCACUCUCACUCUACUCAGCGUCUCUCUGUGGUCUGGUUUUAUUGGUUGAUAAUCGCAUCAAUUCAUACAGUGGUAUUAAAAGAGAUUUUGCCACAGUUUGUCAAGAAUGCACUGACUUUCAUUUCCCUCGGAUUGAAGAGCAAUUGGAAAUUGUCCAACAGGUAGUACUUUAUGCUCGAACUCAACGGAGGAGUAAAUUGAAAGAACCAAAUGAUUCAGGAAACCGGAAUGGAGGAAAUGAUGAUAAGACUAAGAAUAUUGAACGAAACUAUUCAAAUAUUUUACCUGGAGAAUUUUAUAUUACCCGUCAUUCCAAUCUCUCUGAAAUCCAUGUGGCUUUCCAUCUCUGUGUGGAUGAUAAUGUGAGAUCUGGUAACAUCACAGCUCGUGAUCCUGCCAUAAUGGGCCUCCGAAAUAUUUUAAAAGUUUGCUGCACUCAUGACAUCACAACAAUUAGCAUUCCUCUCUUGCUGGUACAUGAUAUGUCAGAGGAAAUGACCAUACCGUGGUGCUUAAGGAGAGCAGAACUUGUGUUUAAAUGUGUAAAAGGUUUCAUGAUGGAAAUGGCAUCUUGGGAUGGAGGGAUUUCUAGGACUGUACAGUUCCUGGUACCACAGAGUAUUUCUGAAGAAAUGUUCUACCAGUUGAGUAACAUGCUCCCGCAAAUCUUCAGAGUGUCAUCCACACUCACUUUGACAUCUAAGCACUAAACUUUUCUUGGCCAACAAAUUAUGAAAAUGGAUGAUUAAAUGUUUUGUCAUUGAAGAAUGUUGGAAUUAUCUCAAAGUGUAUUUACUUAGGUAAUGAGAGUCAUAUGUGAUAAUGUAAGAUGUAUUUAAGUUUGUCAGAUGGUUAUUUGCUACAUGAAAUGGUGUUUAGUCUUUAAUUCAUAACAUAAUAUUUAAAAAGCAUCUCCUAUGACAAGUCCCUUAAGCACCUUAAUGAGACCAGUUAUUAAAUGUGGAAUAUUUGUGUACUCCACAUUUUGCUUUUAUCACUUGAAAAGUCUUGUUACACAUGAACCCUUUAUAUAGAAAGUUAGCUGCAUUUUUUUUUAAAGGAGGGUUGUGGGGAGACCUAACAUUUCAUGACCUUGGAAAGAUAUUAAUUAAAUCUUAAAAUAAUGAAAAAUUUAAAUGUCAAUCAUGUGCAAGACUUAACUGAAAAUAAAAUGUUCUUUAUGCAAUACUUAUCAAGUAAAAAUGUAAAUAAACUGAAAUAUAAGCAGCAAA